AUGCCCAGUCGAUGUGGAAGUCCAGCACUAGCAUAUCACGCACAAGAAAACAACCACCCAUUGAGGAGAGAAAGAGACAUGGCGGACCUGGUUGUUGGGUUGGCCAAGUCAGUGGUGGAGGGGGCAUUGACCAAGGCCCAGGCGGCCAUCGAAGAAGAGGCCAAGCUUCGGCAGAGCACGCAGCGCAACCUAGUGUUCAUCACCGAUGAGUUUGAAAUGAUGCACUCAUUCCUCAAGGUGGCGGACGAGGAGCGCCUAGAGAACAAGGUGGUGAUAACAUGGGUGAGGCAGAUCCGCGAGCUGGCCUACGACGUGGAAGACUGCAUCGAGCUCGUCAUCCACCUCGAUAAAAAGAGCAGGUGGUGGCGGCGCGUGGUGCCGUCCUGGUGCAUGGCGCUGCCGCUGCCGCUUGAUGAGGCGGCCGGCGAGAUCGAGCAGCUCAAGGCGAGGGUGGAGGACGUGAGCACCAGGAACGCGCGCUACAAACUCAUUGGCGACACUGGCUCCAAGCCCUUCACCGUGCAGCAGGAGCCGGUGGCAUCCGCCGCCACUGCGACCGCGGCUGACAUGCUCGCCGAGGCAAGGGGCGCCACCAAGAGGCAUCAAAGAGUCAGUGAUCUCACCCGGCUGAUCACCGAGAAGCAGGACUACAAUGGACUCCAUGUGAUAUCGGUUUGGGGUGCAGCCGGCGACCAUGGGACGACAUCCAUCAUCAGGAAGGCCUACAACCACCCAGAGAUAUGCCAAGACUUCCCAUGCCGCUCCUGGGUGAAAAUGAUGCAUCCUUUCAGUCCCCACCAAUUCAUGCGCAACAUGAUGGCUCAGUUCCAUGCAAGCUCUUGCAUGGAACAAAGAGCAACCAGAGGCAAGGAUGUCUUUAAGAAGAUGGAGGCCACUCAGGAAGAUCUCUUCUGUGAGUUCGAGGACCUAAUCAGAGAUAAGAGGUACCUCAUCGUCUUGGAAGGCCUGUCACACAUGGCAGAUUGGGAUGCUAUCAGGGCAUUCCUUCCUGAGAUGACAAAUGGCAGCUGGGUCAUCGUGUCAACUCAGCAAUCCGAAAUAGCAACCUUAUGCAUUGGUCACUCAUACCAGGUGGUGGAGCUCCGAAAGUUCUCGGACAAGCACUCUGUUUGUGCCCUCUACAAGGCUUCUCAAGGCGAUGGUGAUAAAGACAAGAACCCAAUGGGUUUUAAUGGGGGUGAAGAUAAAGGCAAAGAACCAAUGGCUUCUCUGAAGAAAAUCUUGUCACUUCAGAAGGAAGCAAAGGAAUGGAAGGACAAGAAUGAUGGCCUUGUUGGACGCGAGUCGCAAAUGACUGAACUCGUUAAAUGUUUAACUGAGGCACGUGUCAACUCUCGUCCAGUUAUGUCUGUAUGGGGGAUAGCUCAAGUUGGGAAAUCAGCCCUUGUCAAGAAAUUGUUCUAUGACACAGUGCUUCAGCUUCAGGGUGGCAAGUAUGACGAUUAUUAUUGGGUGGAUAUAUCCCAUCCAUUUAAUAUGAGGGACUUGUAUCUGACCUUACUUUCAGAUUUUCAUUCUGACAAAGACCCUACUGAAGAGUGUCACCGUCUUCUGAGGAAAGGUUGGUGCCUCAUUGUUAUUGACGAUCUCCGGUCCACAAAGGAUUGGGACAUGAUACAAGCUGCCUUGGUAUCCAAACAUCUUAAGAGCGUUGUCAUUGUCAUUACAACUGAUCGAACCAUCGCCGAAUAUUGCACAAAUAAUGAAGAUCUCGUGUUCAAUGUCAAGGCUCUAGAAGCUGAUGCCGCCUUUCAUCUCUUCAAAAACCAGGUACUUGAGAAGAGUUCACCAUACCCUUUGAAGGAUCCAGAGGCGCGUGUAAAAUAUCUUGUUUCAAAGUGUGGCGGUCUUCCCAAAGUAAUAUCUGCUAUAGCUGUGUUACUGGCCAUGAAGACAAACAAAAGGAAGGAAACUAUACAUUCUUUGAAUGAAAGAUUUAUGCAUCAUCUGGAGACCGAUCCUGAGUAUGACAAUCUACAAGAUCUAUUUGCCUGGAUGCAAUCUUACUUCCGUACUUGUCCCGAUGAACUCAAGCCAUGUAUCUUCUACUUGUCCAUUUUUCCUCAAGAUCAAAUCAUUCGGCGGAGGCGACUGGUAAGGCGGUGGAUUGCAGAGGGCUACUCCAGGGACAGCCAGAAUGAAUCUGCCGAGGAGAAUGGGGAGAAGCACUUCUCUGAGCUCCUUGAACUGAGCAUAAUCCAGCAGAUAUCGUCGUCCUCAUCUGUCAACAGCUCUGCAUUCAGUGUGGACGUCGUUAGGAUGGUUAUGUGCCAGGUGAAUGGUUUCAUCCGAGAGUACGUCGUGUCACGGCGUUUGGAAGAGAAUCUUGUGUUUGAACUGGGUGGCAAAUGUGCUCUAACCACCCAACGCACCGGGCGUCACCUUGUCAUAUUGGAUAACUGGGAAAGAGAUGGCAUUGUGUUCGCGACCAUGGACUUCUCUAGGCUACGGUCACUAACAGUGUUUGGAUUGUGGAAGUCAUUCUUCAUCUCUGAAAGUAUGAAGAUGCUUCGGGUGCUUGAUCUAGAGAAUUCAGAGGCUUUAAAUGAUGGUGAUCUUGACAAGAUACUGGAGUGGUUGCGUCGCCUCAAGUUCCUCUCGUUGCGAGGGCACACUGAGAUCAAACAUGUACCAGGUUCAUUACAUCAUCUGAGGCAGCUCCAGACACUCGAUGUGAGAGGCACCUCAAUAACCACCCUGCCACGGAAGAUCACCAAGUUACAAAAACUGCAGUACAUUCGUGCGGGGACUAUGGGCUUGAAAUCACCAGUUUCGUCCGGCUGCUCCAGCUGGUUGCCUGAGUUCUGCAGAUGUCAUCGUCCUACAAUCAGUGUUGAGGUGCCCACAGAGAUUGGUGAAGUCACUGAGUCCACGGGCUUGAAACCACCAGUUUCAUCCGGCUGCUGCAGCUGGUUGCCUAAGUUAUGCAGAUGUCAUCGUCCUACAAUCAGUGCUGAGGUGCCCACACAGGUUGGUGAAGUGAUCGAGUCCACGGGCUUGAAACCACCAGUUUCGUCCGGCUGCUACAGCUGGUUGCCUGAGUUCUGCACAUGUCAUCGUCCUACAAUCAGUGUUGAGGUGCCCACAGAGAUUGGUGAACUGAUUGAGUUGCACACACUUGGUGUUAUCAACAUCACUGCUUCAGGCGCAAAGAAAACUGUGAAAGAGCUCAAGAAGCUCACCCAACUGCGCAAGCUCGGGGUGUCUGGCAUUAACUGGAAGAACAACAGCAUCUUUUUCUCUGCAAUCAAAUAUCAUGCCCAUCUGGAGUCCUUGUCAGUUUCACUUGACAAGGACACCACCCGAGGUUGUUGCUUCAUCAGAAAGGACAACAACAGUCAAGGUUGCUUGGAUGACAUGGACUUCCUGCCUGGUAAAAACCUUCGGAGCCUUAAACUGUUUGGGCUUGAAGAUAAGUUGCCGAAAUGGAAGGAUGGGCAGCUUGAAAAGUUUGAAAAGCUCACAAAGCUGGAGCUGGAGAUGGCCUCUUUACCAGAAGAUGUCAUAAGGCUCGUUGACAAGCUUCCAGAACUACGUAUUCUUCGUGUCAAGCUGCGUCAAGCCGGUGAGCUCAAUUUCUGUGUCAUGGUGAAUGAAUUCGAGGCCGACUCCUACAAAAAGAUCAAGAUUCUCGAGAUUUCCUGCCCCGAAAGUUUGCCUGUGAGUGUGACUUUUGGAUCAUCAACAAUGAAAAACCUUGAGCUGCUCAAGGUUGAGUGCUACGGUGGGUCACCGCGUUAUGAGUUCAGUGGCCUGGGAGACCUAGAAGAACUCAAGGAAAUCGUGCUUGUUAAUGGCUCCAACGCCCAAGCACUGAAGCAACAACUCGAUGACCAGCUUGCCAAGGAGCACCCGAAAGAAAAGAAGCCUGUCGUGAAGCUGCUCGUCCUGAAGGGUCAUCAAUCAUAG